UAUACUGUGAUAACGCUAUCAAGGCACUAAUCAGUGGAAAUUACAUGAGGACAAAUUUAAGAGUAUUACUAUAAAAAAUGACAAGGUGUGGAAGAUGAUUGCUGCAGAAUUAUACAAGGAAAAUCCUCUUUGGGAAUACACUGGAAAACAGUGCGAAAACAAAUUUAAAGACGUUCGAAGAAACUAUGUCAAAACUAAGGACAAUAAUGUAAACAAGAGUGGGCAAGACUUGCAAACUUGCAAAUUCUACGAUGAAAUGGAUGCAACACUUGGCGAAAAGCCACUUAUUAAACCUGUCGCUAUCGCUUCCAGCUUGAAG